GUCUUGAGAUUGUUCAUGCUGCUACUGGUACCUCACAGCUCCCCUGUCGCAGGCAAUAAAAGCUAACAGAUGAAUUUUUGUAGGUGUUGUUCGAGCUCCGAUAUCCACGACUGCCAUGCAAGUAGCCUCACGCCUCCUCCUCGUCUGGGCCGUCGUCAAUACAUUCCCAUUCCUCGCCAAGUCUGCCGGCUAUUCUAGCAUGUUGAUCGCAUGGAGCGUCACCGAGGUCGUCAGAUACUCAUACUUUACCUUCACCCUCUCCGGUUUCCAACCUGGAAUAAUCAGCUGGUUAAGAUACAACACUUUCUACGUGCUGUAUCCACUUGGGAUCAGUAGCGAGUGUUGGUUGAUCUAUAAAGCAAUUGAGCCUGCGAGAAGGGUUCGACAGGAGUUUGCGUGGGCAUUGCAGUUGAUCCUUUUUAUCUACAUUCCUGGAUCAUAUGUGUUGUUCACCCAUAUGAUGGCACAAAGGAGGAAGGUUAUGAGAGGGAAGCAGGUUCAGAAGGCUGAGUAAGAGGAACUGUGUAUAGAUGGGCCGGAAACUUAGAAAGCAGACAUGAAAUCCGUACGGAGCACAGGCAACAUUUUGAAAUCACAAAAACAAAGAUGUGCAUAGAGACCAAAUGUCUCAAGAGUUCCUGACCCUAUAGAUAAUUCUUAGAGACAAUAGAACUUUGCCACUCGAC